CCGAAAUUUACAAUUUUUCGAAAUAAAUCUUUCAACUUCCCUGAAAUCUUAAAUUAAGAUGCUUGUAAAAGUCCUCAUUUAAACAUACAGACAAAAUGUUCGGAUAUCUAAACAAUUCGUUUCCUUAUCAAAACAGUGAUAAAACAUAAAACAAAAAUCGGUCAUUUAUUUUCAGUCGAUAAAAUAACCUGAAAAGGAAACCACACAAAUGAAGUGCGAAAUAGAACUGCGGAGAAAUCAAAAUAGAAUAUUUGCUGCUGGUGAAGCUUUUAGUGGCGCCGUGAUUUUAAAGUUUAGUGAUGCAUCGUUGAUUAAUGAAGUCAGCUGUCAAAUUCUUGGCUAUGCAAAAUGUUCUUGGUCAGUUGAAAGUUCCCUGCAUUCAUUAAGUGGACGAGUAGAGCAUCUAAAUACAAAACUUUUGCUAUUUAACAAACCUCGAAAUGGUCAAAUUUUUCCAAAAGGCAAAUUUUCCUUUAACUUUUUCUAUCAACUUCCACCAACGCUACCGUCAAGCUUUAACUCGUCGGAAGGUUAUGUUAAAUAUAAAAUGAUAGUUUUGGUUAAAAGAUUUGGAAAGUCACAUAUGGAAUUUGAAUAUCCAUUUUUUGUGAAGCAAAUUGUUGACUUAAAUGCAAUUGAAGAUAUGACGAGGCCUUUACUGCGAGUUAUAUCAAAAGAUUUUGCAAUUGAUUUUACAUCCAAAUUUCUUUAUAUGACAGCUAUGAUUCCACAGCAAGGUUAUGUUCCAAAUCAAAUAAUGGAUAUAAGGAUACAAGUUGAUAACCGUACAAUAAUUUAUGUUAAAUAUGUUAAAGUUACACUUAAGAAAAUUGUCACAUUUAUCUCACAAAAUCCAAAUAUCAAUCAGCAUACUGUGGAGACAACAGAAGCUUCAGCUUAUUGCGGCGAUGUUGAAGCUCACAUGAAAAAGCUUUUUAUAAAAUAUUUAAAAAUUCCACAAGUUCCACCAAAUAUUGAUAAUUGUGAAAUUAUUAAACUUUCUUAUGAGGUUCAAGUUAAAGCAAAGACAGCAGGAGCUACAAGAAGUCCUAUUCUAAGGCUUCCAAUUCGAAUCGGAACUAUUCAGCUUUUUAGAGAUGAUCGACGUGAUUAUGAAUUGGAAUUAAUGGAACCUAGAAGACUUGAAUUUGCACCAAUGAGCUAUGAGGAAUGCAUGUCAGGAUCAUCAUGUCCUGUGACGCCAAAUAGUGAUGAUUUAAUGGAUUUCAGCCUGCCAUCUUAUGACGAAGCUAUAAAAUCAAAUGAAACAUAUAUUGAGAAUCAAACUUGAAAUCAGCAAAUUAAAAUUGUUAUUUUUUGUAUAAAUUAAGUUAUAUUCAGUUAUAAAAUUAAUCUUUAUUAAAAUCUCUAAAUAUUGUGUAACAUUUUCAUACAAAGUAUGAUAUUCGCGUAAAUAAUGUCAACGACAUCUAGAUGUGACUUGUUGUCCUCAUAAUCAGCAAUUUAUUUAAAGAUAUGUCCGAU